AACCCUUCCGGGUGCGUGCUGGGGGGGGGGAGGAGGGAGAAAAAAAAAAGAGGUGGCUUCGCCCGGAGUGGCCGCCGCCGCCGCCGCCGCCGCCGGACGGCCCCCGCCCCUUUCCCCUCCGCGAGCAGCGGCGCUGGGGCGGCGGUGAGACGGAGGAGCGGGCCGCUGGCCAUGGCCUUGGCGUGACGGAGCCUCCCGGGCGGCCGGGCGGGUGCGGACGGCGGGGCCGGACGACGCCCGCGGGAGCCGCGGCCCAGAGACCCGCCCGGGCGGCAGUGACUGGAGCCGAGCCCACAGGCCUGGGCCGGCUCGGCGGCGCGAGCAGGAAGCGGGGUCCCUGGGCCCCUUUGUGUGAAGGGCGGGGGAGGGGUGCCGGGCCGCCCCUGGCCGCGGGGGCCCCCAGUUCUGCGGCCCCCACCGCUUCUCUCGGGGGCGCGGCGCGUCUCCCCACCCCGCCUCUCCGGGCUUGCCCUCCUCCCCACGCCCCCUGCCUGGGCUUCGGUUCCUAUAGGAAGGGCAUCACCAUCUCAUCCCCACCCACCCGACACUUGGCUCUUUCCCCUCCCCCUCCCUUAACUUCCUCUUCUUCCCCCGUUGGGCCCUCUGCCUCUCCGCACUCUCCUCCCCAGUUCGCAGAUUUCCGCCCACCUUCCGCCUCCCCGAGCCGCCGCGGCUAGCGGGGUGUUCUUUUUCCCUCCCUCUGGUAGGAGUUGCUGAAGGUGAGACUCAUGAGGGAAUACAAGGUAGUGGUGUUAGGGAGCGGAGGGGUUGGCAAAUCUGCCCUUACGGUGCAGUUUGUCACUGGGACUUUCAUUGAGAAAUAUGACCCCACCAUUGAAGAUUUCUACCGCAAAGAGAUCGAAGUGGACUCUUCCCCCUCCGUGCUGGAAAUUCUGGACACCGCAGGAACUGAGCAGUUUGCCUCCAUGAGAGAUCUCUACAUCAAAAACGGCCAAGGUUUCAUCCUGGUUUAUAGCCUGGUUAAUCAACAGUCUUUCCAGGAUAUCAAGCCCAUGAGAGAUCAGAUUGUCAGAGUGAAGAGAUACGAAAAAGUCCCACUAAUCCUAGUAGGAAAUAAAGUGGAUCUGGAACCAGAAAGAGAGGUUAUGUCUUCAGAAGGCAGAGCCCUGGCUCAGGAAUGGGGCUGCCCUUUCAUGGAAACAUCGGCAAAAAGUAAAUCAAUGGUGGAUGAACUUUUUGCUGAGAUCGUCAGGCAAAUGAACUAUUCGUCCCUGCCCGAGAAGCAAGAUCAGUGUUGUACAACUUGCGUUGUCCAGUAAAAAAAAAAGAACCUCAAUCAUGGCCAUACCGAGCAG